AUGCCGACAAGAUGGUACGCGAUCCACCUACCAGCGGAACAUCGUGGGGUGUACAACGACUGGGAGGAUGUUCAGUGGCGUGUCAAGGGCCAAUUGAGCAAGUACAAAAGUUUCGGCACACGCCAGGAGGCAUCUUUCUGGUCAAUCAAGGGACGCGAAUUGACAAAUAAACCUGAAAAUGCGUUGACACAGCUGUCGAGCCUGUCUCGAUGGCCUCUACAGCCCCUAGUCCAGACUCAGUGGCAGCAGCCCUCACGUGCUCCAGUGAGGGAGAAGCCUGAACAGCCUGACGGUCUAGCGAAACCUGCAGCACGAAUACAAGAAUCGAUCAAGGACGAAGGAGAGCCUAUUUCCAGCCAAGAUGUCAAAUGCGAGUUUUCGAAGUUUUAUGCCGUUGCGGUCGGCAGAGUACCCGGCGUCUAUGAAGCUUGGGACGGACCGCGUGGAGCAAGAGAGCAGGUGGAUAGAUUUAGCAAGGCUCAAUUCCAGGGUUUCGACCGACUUCACCUGGCUAGAGACUACAUUCAGCAGCAUGGAGUGCCCGAGUGUGAUAUUCGCUUCUUCCGCCGGCACUUUGCUGAACGACCAGACUUCAAACCCGAUCCUUCUGCAUCUUUCAACGAUCAGUUCGAGCAGCUCGCAUCGUCGCAGAACCUCUCACAACCUGAAAAAAGAGUAGCCAGGGUUGGGGCCAUUCGCGACGAACUCAUCUCGUACUAUCUGCCCGGCGGAAUUCCUAUCGAUCAGGUAGAUGAGAAUGGCGAGAUCGAACUGAAACCAGACCAGACACUUCAGAUAUACCAGGAGAUGUGCCGACAUACAGACAAGCUUGUGGGAGUAACUAGCGAGGGCUGUCUCCUCUCACUCAAGCUGCGCCCUUUCGUGAAUAUCAUCAACCUCAUCGACGCGAACCGAGCCAAACAAGAACCAAAACUGUUUCACCAUUGGCGAGAGUUUGUCAAAUACACGAAAAGACCUGGCAAUAUGAUUCCAAUGCAAGAAGCGCUGAAGAACGAGUUCUUAGCACCACUACUUCAGAACCUUCGAAAAGGACCUAUUGACGCGGACCUAGAAAGAUCAGGCCACAAGUUCUUGUCCAAGCACGAAUGCCGCACACCACCACGUCUAGUUGAACAACGCUUCGAGACUCCAGAACCUGACAUCAAGAAGGAAGAGAUCACAAGCUCACUGCCAAUGCUGAGUCCGACACAAUUCAGUCCCAUCUGCUCGCCUGAACCCGAAUCACCGGCAUCUGAUCUGUCUGACUAUGGCGAUGAUUUGGAAGUAGCCCUAGAUUUGAAACCUGCUGUGGAUGUUAAGCUUGAGCCAUCCGCUCCACAAAGGUGGGCCCAAACGCAACCCACGACCGGAGCCAAACGUAAUCACUCGAUGGUUGACGAUUCUCUCGAGGUGAUUCCGGAAACACCUAGGAAACACGGUCGCUUCACACAGUGA